AUGUCUGAUCUCGGUUCCAAAGUGACGCCACUCAUCAUCAACGGUGAGUCGAUCGUCACUGACAUCAAGUUCGAGGUUCAUGCGCCCGCUACUGGAGAAUUGUCUGGCUUCUGUGCUGGUGCCUCGGUUGAUGAUGCCCGACGCGCUGUUGAUACCGCCCAAGCUGCUUUCCCAGCCUGGGCUAAGGUGCAGGCGUAUGAUCGCCGUGAUAUUAUGUUCCGGGCUGCGGAGAUUAUGGUCUCGCGCAAGGAGGAGCUGAUUGCGUAUCAGCGCGAGGAGACUGGCGCGGGCCGGCCCUUUGCUGAACACACCUUUAACUUGGGUGUUAGCUUCAUUAAGGACUUUGCGGCUCGCAUUCCGACUAUUGAGGGUAUCGUGCCCAAUGUCACUCGGCCUGGUGAGGGCGCGAUGGUCUUCAAGGAGCCAUAUGGUGUGGUUCUGUCAAUUGCGCCCUGGAACGCACCUUUCAUCCUCGGUACCCGCGCAGUAGCUCUGCCCCUUGCAGCUGGGAACACAGUCGUUCUCAAGGGUUCUGAGCUCGCGCCCAAGUGCUUCUGGGCUCUGGGCGAUGUUUUCCGCCAAGCUGGUCUGCCCGCAGGAUGUCUGAACGUCAUUUACCACCAGGUCGCGGACGCCGCGGCGGUGACAAAUGCAUUGAUUGCCCACCCUGCCGUGCGCAAGGUUAACUUCACCGGUAGCACGAUGGUCGGAUCGAUCAUUGCAUCCACCGCGGGCAAGUACAUCAAGCCUGUACUCCUUGAGCUAGGUGGCAAGGCAUCGGCCAUCGUGCUGGAUGACGCAGAUCUGGACAAGGCAGCGAUGAACUGCGCCCUUGGAUCAUUCAUGCAUUCCGGCCAAAUCUGCAUGUCAACCGAGCGCAUCGUAGUCCAACGUGGUAUCGCGGACGAAUUCAAGACCAAGCUCGCCGCAGCAGCUGAGAAGCUCUUCGGUAAAGAGGCGCCCGCCCUCUGUCUCGUCAAUUCCGCAGCCGUCACAAAGAAUAAGCGCCUCGUCUCGGAUGCCGUCUCUCGCGGCGCGACCCUUCUCUUCGGCGAUGCCAACGCCAACGAGACCAGCACCACCAUGCGACCCAUCAUCGUUGCAGACGUCAACAAGGAAAUGGAUAUCUACGCGACCGAGUCAUUCGGUCCGACCGUAUCGCUGAUGGUCGUCGACACCGAAGAAGACGCCGUGGCACUAGCCAACGAUACCGAAUAUGGUCUGACAUCUGCUGUGUUCACAUCGAACCUGUUCCGCGGGUUACGUGUCGCAAAGCAGAUCGAGUCUGGUGCCGUCCACAUCAACGCGCUGACCGUUCACGAUGAGCCUGUGCUCCCGCACGGUGGCUGGAAGAGCAGCGGCUUCGGUCGCUUUGGUGGAAUUGCGGGUUAUGAUGAGUUCCUGCAGACGAAGACUGUGACUUGGCAUGAGUGA